AUGAAUGAUGAAGAUAGUAACAACAUCUAUGACACAGUCCAAAGAAAAGGCAUCUAUGAGCUUCCAGAUGAUCCAGGAGAAAAUGAGUUUCCUUCUUAUGAUAACAUCAAUGAAUGCCUGACAGAAAACCACGUAUAUGCCACUGAACUGGAAACCCAUGAGUAUGACUCUGUGUCAGUUUACGUUGCUGGGGGCAAGGAGGACAGCUUGCCUUCUUCCCAACCAGAAGCAGCAGAUUACCUCCUGCCUGAUGAGGUAUGUCCUGAGUCCCAGGAUCUUCAACCAGGUGAGCUGCAGGAAGACCACGACAUCUCAAUGGAAGAAUUACAUUCAGCAACCCAGGACCAGGAGACUGGCCCAGAGGAGUCCCAAGAGGAUGGAGGCAUGAUGGGGGAAGAUCUUCCUUCCCCUGCAAACUUCACCAUCCAGCAGGGCAGAGCCUUCGUCGCCAGGAAUUCUGCUAAUGAGGGUUUGGAAGAAAAUCAAUCAACUUCCAUGGACCCUGAGAUAAGCCUGUUUGUGAAGGCUGGAAUUGAUGGGGAAAGCAUUGGCAACUGUCCCUUCUCUCAGCGUCUCUUUAUGAUCCUCUGGCUGAAAGGCGUUGUGUUCAAUGUCACCACUGUGGAUCUGAAAAGAAAGCCAGCUGACCUGCACAACCUUGCACCUGGCACCCAUCCACCCUUCCUGACCUUCAACGGGGAUGUGAAGACGGAUGUCAAUAAGAUCGAAGAGUUCCUGGAGGAGACUCUAGCUCCUGAAAAGUACCCCAAACUGGCUGCAAAACACCGGGAAUCCAACACGGCAGGCAUCGACAUCUUCUCCAAGUUCUCUGCCUACAUCAAAAACACAAAGCAGCAAAACAAUGCUGCCCUUGAGAGAGGCCUGACCAGGGCACUGAAGAAACUGGAUGACUACCUGAACAACCCUCUUCCGGAAGAAAUUGACGCCAACACUCACGGGGACGAAGACAAGAGGUCCCGGCGCAAAUUCCUAGAUGGGGAUGAGCUGACUCUGGCUGACUGCAAUCUGUUGCCCAAACUCCAUGUGGUCAAGAUUGUGGCCAAGAAAUACCGCAACUACGAUUUCCCUGCUGAGAUGACAGGCCUGUGGAGGUACCUGAAGAAUGCCUAUGCCCGGGAUGAGUUCACCAACACCUGUGCGGCUGACAAGGAGAUCGAGUCAGCCUAUGCAGAUGUCGCCAAGCGCCUCAGCCGCUCCUGAGCUCGGCCACCUUGCCCCACCACUGGCAGCAGAAGGACUCAGCUUCUCCCAAAGGAACUCCAGCCUCCCAGACUCCUCUUGCGCAUGGCCUUGGGAAACAUCUUUUUGUAGUAGGCCACGUCUCGCUGGCCUCCUGGGACUCCAGCCUGCUGUCUCUUCUGAAGGUCAGAACCGACCCCAGGUGAUCGGACAGGGAUCUGCAAGCAGAAAUGAUAGAAAUAAUCAAGCUCUCAGCCUUUGGGCCUGGCCUGGGUUCAGUGUUUUGAGGUCAGUGUUGGAGAACCCACCUGGGGGACUGUCACUGGCCUCUCUGCCAAUAUCAAGAUCUCUCCUCAGCUCCAUUAAGAACAUGGAACAUGGUGUCCUCUUCCACCCACCUCUUUGUUGGUUAACUCCACGGCCAAGGACAGAUGCAAUCAUAGUUCUUACUAGAAAGAGAGCCAUUGCAUUUGGGGGGGGCGGGGCGAUGAGGGAAUGAAUGGAGGACAGGCAGGCUGUGGAUUUGGCACCUGGCAGACACACCUUCAGUCCCUCAUUGCUUUCUGAUGCUCCGGUCACAUGGGGCAUGGAAGACCAGGCUGGAAAAGCACUUCAGACUGUCUCCGUUUGCUGCAGUGCUGAGAACGUUGCAAUGCCCUUAUGCAUCUGACUGACACCAACCUCUGUUUUCAUGCGGUCCAGGCCUUUUGAGGAAGGAGAAUUUGCAGUUGCAAACCCGGGAUGACCAGGAAGGGGGUGAGGGAGCAGUGUUGAUGCCAAAAGGCCCACAGGGUCUACCAGCCAGGGGGGUUGCUUGCUUAGGGGUAGUUUUGUUGGGGAUUACAUGCCUGGGUUUUGACUGCGUUGAUCCACAAGUGAAUUUUGGUCUGUGAAAAAGCAGAUGUGAGGUGGGCGGGUGGGGGGUGUAGGUGACGAUAAAGUCAUCUAUGAGGCUCGAUGUUCCCUGGGAAUCUUUCACACAGGUCUUCUUUCUCGUGGUCUCAUUAAGUCUUGAACUGCUGAUGUUAUGUCACUACCAAUCUUAGAGCAAAAAUCCAAGAAUUGGCCAAAAUUGACUUUCCAAUCUCUUUAAGCUCUUUCUGAAUGUGGGUCGGCCAGCUGGGCCUCCUGGCUGAGAGGUAGAGAGGUGGCAUGAUCACAGAACACCACAAGAAGGAAGUCCAGGGGCCUUUCCGACUGUGAAACCACAGGGUUUGAACUUGAAGAAAUAUAUAUGCCCCAUCUGGGUUCAUUUUCCUGCCAUCUGACUCACCUGCCACAUGAAAAUGGGCACUUUUUUAAGCUAAUAUUUCACUCUUUAGACAUUCUCCUUGAGUUUCACUUCCUUUAAAGCUCGCCUGGCUCAAGCCUGGGCACUGGUGCAGAGGAAGCUAAGAAAAAUGAGCUAAUCAGCAGCCCGUUGUCUGAGCGCAUGCCCUUCGAGAAAAGUCACCUGCCACAGGCAGCCACCUUCACCAGUUCUCCUACCUGUGCUGCCCACUGGUAGAGUGAGGCUUCCCAGUGCCAGAAAGCCCCCAAGGAAGGUCAGCAGGGCAGCAGGGCAGCACCGUCCUUUCCAUAGAAACGUCAGCACAUCCUCACCCUGGCAAUCCCUAGGCCAACCUGCUUCCAGGGAUCUCUGAAGAAAUCAAGUGGCCCGAUGAUUUGAACAGAGGGGAGGAAGCAGGAGGAGCCCCUUGAGCCCACCGAGGAAGAGGAAAGUUCUUAGUAUGGCAUUUUAUUAGCCUGAGAGCUUUGCAAAGAUAGGAGGACCUGGUUAAUUCCCACCCCUAAAGGAACCUUUCCAGGGACUCCCUGGGAACUUAAUCCCUAGGCAUGUUUAAAAAAGGAGAAUGGUGAGAAAACAGUCCUUUUUACUGUAAGGAAAAGCCCCGAACUGGCCUCUUGGGAGAUGAAGUCUUGAAUGAUCCCAGAGGACUUUUAAUUAGUGUAAAUCUUGUUGUCCUCAGAAACCCUUCCCUGAGUUUAGCAAUACAAGCACGAUGACCUAAGAGGCAGCUUACUCUCCAGAGACCCACAGUGGUGCUGUUCUAGAAGCACACUGGUGUAGCAGAGCCAGCGGGACAGGGAAAACAGGCCGCCCAGGUGGCACAGCUCCCCCCAUGGGGUUGUCUGAUAUUAAUGACUGAUUUGAUAGUCAGAAUCCAGCCGUUGGCAAGUCUUUAAAAACAGUCUUUAAAAACAAACAAGCCAAACUGAAUCAAUAUUGUUGUUUCUAGAUGUUCCUUCUGCGGUUGACUUAGUUUUACAUAAAUAACGAUAUUAAGGCACCAGUGGAGGGGGUCAGUGACAUGAUCAGUUAUAACCAUUUAAAACAGGGGAUGAAGUUGUAGAUGGAAAGCACUUCUGAGUACUUAAUUCAGGAAUAUCUUUUUAUUUCAAUAGUAGAUUAUCGCAUAAUACAACCGUCUAUUGGCUGAGAGCUUUAAUGUCUUAGGACCAGAUUUGUCAGAAUAUUUUAAAAUAACAAUAAUAUUAACCUUCUGAUUAUGUUUUCCAAAAUGGAUUUUUCUCCAGAUCCUCCAGCCUCCUUGGGCUUUGGCCACAACCCUAUCACAUACACAGCAAAUCAUCUUCAGGCAUCAGUAUGAUGAGGUCCUUAAGUGUCUCCAGAACCAACUCAGGGAGUACUAAACGUUUUCAGUUUGGACUCCAGAGUUUUAAGACAGGAGGUCACCCUAUCAUUGGUCUUGAAUGAAUAUUGAUCCCUCAGAAAGCAUUUCAGCAGCAUUUGAAAGUGCUUGGGUUAAGAUCCUAUUUUAUUUUGGAUUUAUUUUUCUCCUUUGACUUUCAUGUCACUAUUUUAUUUUAUUCUAUUUUUGUGGGAUAGCAGAGUGAGAGGCAGAGGCAGAAAGAAGAAUCAAAUUCAGAAUAACUGUGUUGAAUUUACCUGUCAGGUGGGGCUACCUCUCAGGUUGGCCCAGAGAGAAGGUAUUGGGUAAGAUUUUAAAUACCUUAUACGAUGAGCUGGAUAAUAAAAGCUUGAGUGUUCUAGAGCAUAGUUGCAUAGUUCCUUCUAUUGUAUGUCUUUAUAUCCCAAUAAAGGAAGCCACAUGCCUGACAAUUCAGAAUCACAGGCUAUGAAAAGUGAAACACACUUUUAUUUGGCCACACUAUCUCAGACUGGUUUCAGCUUCCCAGGAAAUGCCAGUCUUCAGUGUUCACAUCUCCUGCUGAUGGGGCCAGCAAGGAUCUUGGUCUUUUCAUUAGAAAAAGACUUCACCAAGAGUGAAGUUUCCUGAGCUGCAUUUUCUGGCAUUUGUCAAAUGAAAUAACAGAAGCUCUUCACAGCACCUGUACCUACUGGCCAUUGUGCAGACAGACAACACCAAGCAUCUUCACAUUGUUGCAAAAUGGAUCAAGCCCCAAAUAGACCCUGAAUAUCUAAGAAUCUCAGUAAGGUCUUGGUAAAUAGAAUUAAAAGAAGGGUGGAGUGAGGAAGGUACAGGUAUGUCUAUUAAGACUUUUCUAUUGUGAGAAACCAGCAAAGAGUCUGUGUCUAAAAUUAAAUUGGUCUAGAAGCAGCAGGAAUCCAGUAGGUACUCCCGUGACUCACCAAUAUCCCCAGUGGCCAGGAACCAUUUUUAUAGCAGUGAAUCCAGAUGUUGCUGUCUCUCUCCUUGGAAAGAUAAAGUAUUAACUCAUUCAGUGAUUGCUAAGGGAUCACUUCCUUAUUUUUUUGACAUGCCAUUAAAGAGGAUCAUAAGCAUUCGGGAAAAAAGUAUGCACGUGAAGCAUCCUGGUUCUGAAGUUAGGAGAACAGAUGUCACAUCUUUGGCUUUGGAGCCCUUUCUGCAACAAGACCCAUUGUCUUCUAUCCAGUGCUUUUUAGCAUUCAAACCAAGUAACGUGCCCCCUUCAUGAAUGCAUAUUCUUCUACCUUUGCCAAUAUUCUUCUCCCAGCUUUGUUUCGAGAUGCUUUCCUUUCAUCAUGAGGUAUGAUCCAAAGUGUGCAUAAUUUUAUUUAAUGUUACUUGAGGAAUUAGAUCCAAUGCUCCAACCAAAAAUACAAUGAAAGAUUGCCUCAUCUGGGGUUUGGGCCAAUCAGUGUUUCUAUAAAAGCAAUCUGUUUUUUGGAAAAACAUAGUUUUAAGGAUCCAAUUAUCUAAAAUAUUUUAUGUAUAGUUAGAGAUUUCACAAUAUUGAUUAUGCAUAUGCUUAAAAAAUGAAAUAUCCAGCUGAUGUUUGAAUUUGUCUUACUUUCCUGACCUCCUGUUUGUCCCAUUCUAGAAGCUGGGGGUUAACUAAUUAGCAAAAGAUGCCUUAUAAAAGAACAAACAUUUCAUUCUAUAAAGACACUCCAAAUGAUGGUUACUUGAUUUUCUCAAGACCUUUAACUGUGGUGAUAAAAUAGCAGGACUUACUUUCAAGCCUUAAUAAAUAUAAGUUGCCUUUUAAUGAAGAUAUUGCUGAAUGUUUUCUUCAUGAAUCUGAACCAGUUAUAAAGUUGUUUUCCAGUCUUGAUUGGUAUUGACUAAUUCAAUAAAGUUGGUUUAUUUUCAAAUAUUACAAAAGCAAUCAUCAGACUGCUUAUUUGAGGUGGGGAUUUCCUGUGCUGUUUUAAAUAAGUGUGAAACACCUUUUUUUCCCAAAUAAAAGUUAUUCUGUUUUCCCAUG